GGUGUUACUGAAGCCAUCGUUUAAUAAAAUGUUGUUCAAAACAUUGUGCCUGCUGUUGUGUUUGGCGUUAUUCGAUAUUCAAGUUAAUGGAUUCAAACACUAUGUAGCUUACAAACGGAAGAUUAAGUUCUUCUCCGCUUGGCAACAGUGUCGUCUUUACAACGGUCAUUUGGCUUCAAUUGAGACACCCGAGGAAAAUGCGCAGGUCGCACGAGCGAUCAAGGCCGUAGGAGAUAUUACCGACGAUUGGUACAUUGGGGGUACCGAUAUAGGUUUUGAAGGUAGAUUUGUUUGGAUCGGUUUAAACAAAAUAGCAUCAUACUUAAACUUUAAUCCCGGUGAGCCCAAUAACAAUAAAAACGAAGACUGCCUCAUCAUGAAAGGAUCGAAGGCAGGUGAAAAAUGGAGCGACGUAUCUUGCGAGUACGAGGCAGAAGGAUUCGUUUGUGCGUUUAUUUUAUAGGGAUAACAUUAACCAUGAAAUAUUAUUUUAACACAUCAUUCUACAUAAGCAAAAAUAAAUACAACCAAACAGGGGUGAUUUCACAAAUAAAAAAGCUCACGAAAAUCAGUAGAGACUCAUUUAUUACAAACUUUUUUUCAAAUCUGUCCUUAAAAUCUGUUACAAUUAAAUACAGAAUAAUCAUUUAACACUUUGAGUACCAUGGCCAUCAUAUAUGAUAGCCAG